GCUAAGAACAUCAGUGACUUAGAUUCUUUCUUACAAACAAAUAACUUACCGUUAAAUUUUUCAUUAGCAAAUCGUUGUUUUUCUUAAUUUGUUCUUACAUACUUUCAAACGUCCCGUCGGCAUUGUUUACAAUUUUACUUGAACGUCACGUCAUAUUACCGUGACAGCAGCGUAAUGGUCCUUUAAUCGUGAUGUGGAAACGUCUUCUGGCUGUAGACGUUACCGCCUCAUCUUUUGUUUAUGUAGUGUCUCUUUAAUAUGAAACUCUAAAUUUGACUAGGAGAACUAUGAGUCCAAAAGGUUAUGAUAGGACCAAACAGUCAUUAGCUCUUCAGCUAUUUGAAGCUGUUGAAGAGAAAUGUUUGCAAGAAAUUUUAAAACUACUGGACCACGAUAAAGCUGACCCCAACAUUGUCAUUCUUUCAAGAGGCGUUAGCCCAUUUCACUUGGUGAUAGGAUGUGAUUGUGCUCACUUUGCUGAAGAAGCUACUCGCAUAUUUCUUCAGCACAACGCCAAUCCUAAUAUUAGAAGCGAAGAUGGUCUGACUCCUGUACAUGUAGCUGCAGUAUGGGGCAGGACCAACCUCUUAAUGUUACUGUUAUCAUGUGGAGGAGAUCCUUGGUUGCGUGAUGCUGAUUAUGGUUACACCCCCCUCCAUUUUGCUCUGAAGGAGAAGCAUUGGGAAACAGCUCUUAUUCUUCAGAAAUAUCAACUUUUAGAUCGUAGGCAUCGCCUUAGUGAAGGUCUUAGUGUGCCUCGCUUUAACUUUAAUUUGGAAACUAUUGUUGUAAAUGCUGGUGAGAUGCAAGCUGAAUAUGCUACAUCACCCCAAGAUAUUGGUGCUCCAGUUGUGUGUUCACCAGUACAGAAACCAAAGCAGGUAAAUGCUGGGUACAGCUGGAAUAUCGAUCCUUUGGAAAGUCAAGAAUAUGUUCGUCAAUGGUGCCACAAGGAAUUUACUCCACUUCAAGUGCUUCAUACAAGUACACCAACUCAUCAUAAAGCUAUAAAUUGUGGAAAUGUUGCAAGUGAGCGGCUUCCUGAACCUGCUCAAGUCCUGAACAUAAGUCCUGAUUGUAGGACUCCUAACAUAACUAGUUCAAAACUAUUGACACCAAAAACCAUAGAUUACAGCACAAAUGAAAGAGGUUCUUCAAGUAUGACUCCUUCAAAAAAUUUAUUGAAACCUCCCACUGAUGCAAGAAAGAAGUUAUUUCUUGAAGAAUUGAAGAAGAGAUUCAAUGGCUUCUGCAAGCAGUCUUUUGAUUUAUCAAAAGAGGAUUCAAGCAAAGGAAACAUUUUUGAACGAAGCUCAGGAUAUUUUGGAAGAAAAAGUUUUGGCAAGUCCAAAAAAACAAAGAAAUUAGAAAAGUCACAGCACUUAUCAGCUGAAUUAUUGACAAAUGUAAAUAAGAGUAAUGUGAGUGAAAACUUGAGCUAUAAGACUUCAAGAUCAGUUGACUUGGUUGGCAGUGAAAAUGUCAGUGACCCAAAUGUGAAUUGCAAUGACCAGACCAGCUUGGAAAACUCCCCUGUUGAUGAAGUUGAUGCUGUUCCACUCCAUGAUUCUGUUGAUACAUCUGUAGAAUGGAUUGCUAGUCAGUCAUGCUUCUCUGAAGAAGGGAGCCCAAAUUCAAGUAACUCUCAGUCAUAUGUCACUUGUGAUGAAGGACCAACACUUGAUGUAAUGAAAGAUUUGCCAAUUUUGUCAGCUAUGAGCACAAUACCAGAAGCUACACCAUUAGUACUUCCUGUGGAAACCUCUGAUGCUCCCCAACGCCCACCAAGAAGAAAACGGUCCCAAGCCCUGAAUAGAACUCUGGCAGGAAGUGUACCAUCUCAAGCAUCAUCAACAGCUUCCUUUGGUACAAUAAUAGCUGAAGAGUACCGUUACACAGAUGAUGAAGCAGGUGUCGUUUUAAUUGAAAAUCAUCUGUUCACCAAGCCAAUUGAUGUUCCCAGUCCUUCUGACACCGACAGUGUGGUUUCAGCUCCUCUCACAGUUCUCAGUGAUGCUCCCACUGCCACCUCAGAUGUAUCAUCGGUUCCUGCUAGUUUUAGCUAUGAUGCUGUAACACUGCGAAAAGAAUUGGUGUCCUUUGGAGAGGUUGUUGGGCCUAUAACGUCUACAACCAAAAAAGUGUACUUGCGGAGAUUGUAUCGUUUAAAGAAAAGCAAAUGCAAGCCUACUUCUGUGUCAGUAUCAUCAAACUACCCAUCUGAACUACAACGUGUGCUGCACAACAGUGACUGGGAAACUGAUGUACUUACGUAUGCCAAGUUUGAAAAGCUCAUGUCCAUUCCUUUUGAGAAACCUGAUCCAAACAGAAGAUGGCGCGAGGGUGUGGCUAAAUCUUCUUUCAACUACUUGCUUCUUGAUCCUCGUUUAAGUAACAAUUUACCUGCAAAGGUAGCUGCACAUGACCUCGAAACAUGGCGUCAAUUUAUUUCUUCUGUAUUUUAUAUUGGAAAAGGAAAACGCUCCAGACCUUAUGCGCAUCUGUACCAAGCUGUGCACUUGUGGAAUAAAGGAGAAAAUGGCAAAAGUAGUAAUUCUAAGAUUCAACGCAUUCUUGACAUUUGGAAAGAUGGACAUGGAGUUGUAUGCCUUCAUAUAUUUCAAAACAUUAUUCCAGUUGAAGCCUUAACUCGGGAAGCAGCUAUGAUAGAUGCAAUGGGAAUUAACAACCUUGUUAAUUUAAAAGGUGGAGAAUACUAUGGACCAGCCUCGACUUGGCGAACUCGUCAGAAAAAGCAGCUCGGUGUUUACUUGUUGUACAGAGCAAUGCGCAUCUUUUUGUGUGAAGGUGAACGGCAGUUACGACCAGGUGACAUUGACUAAGUGUACCUUUGGUAAAUCAAUUUUACCAUGAUGUGUAUCCUGAUUUUUUUUCCUGUAAUGAUUGUGACUGUUAGCAAAUGUGUGCUACAAAAUGUUAAAUUAUUGUUUUUGACGAUCAAAAAGUUUAAAAUUAUUUUGUGAUAUUUGUUUUGGUCUGUGAUUAUUGUUUGUAUUGUAGAGCAUAAUAAGUAAUCACAAAUUCAGUUUUUAACUUGCCAACAUUAAUCUUGUACUCAUGUGUAAAUAUUUGAAACCAUUUAUUCAUACGCACAUUAAAAGUAAAUAUUUUAUUUCAAUUAAAUACACGUUUAUGAGGUCUCCUA